UUUCAGAGAUACCGCUGAGCGCAAACAAACGAUAGUGUUUGAUCGGCCAAAUCUACCCUCUGCACCAAAUCAGCGCCACACUUCCAGUACGGGUCGUCGAAUGGCAAUAGUUGAUUAUGAGGAUGACAUCGAUACUGAUAACGCGGAUGGCGAUAAAGCAACGAAUCGAGACUACUCAAUAUCGUCAUUUUCUGGACGUCAUAAUCGUAAACGGCACCGACAUUCACCUAAUCACGCCUUCAAACCAAAUGCCUCCUCUUCCAGUUCAUUAGUAUUCAUUUUUGUGGCAAUGUAUAUUUCACAACGGUGA